AGUUUCACAAAUUCAAAACAAGGAUGUUGCUGCUGCUGCUUCAGCCGCUGCUUGGUGAACACACACAUGUCCUCCAGUCUGAGCUGCUCUGAGCCGUGCUGUUUCAUCUAGUGCUAUCAGGGCUGAUGAGAGCCUCUCGUCUUUCUGGGCCUGCUGCAGCUGCUGUGUGAUGCAGAAAUGCUGUGACGGCAUGUCUGCUCCUCGUCGGUGUUGCUUUGUGAGUCAGCUCGCAGAGUUCAGUUGAAUUUUAACGUUUUGUGGUUGUGUAAUGGUUUUAUUGCCAUGAUAUCCACAUCGAUGUCAGUGAUUGUCGUGCUGGUGGCGCUUGUGAAUGGAGCGAGAAAUGAAGAUGAUAUACAGCCGUGUGCAAAGAUCCAGACUUCCAGCUCAGUGGUGCAUUUAGGGUCACCUGUCACCGCCUCCUGUGUCAUCAGAGAAGACUGCCCUCUGGUCAUUGGGCGAGCUGUUCAUAUACUGUGGCGCCUUGGCGAUCGUUUCCUCCCCAGCAGCCCCGUGGCCAAUGAGAGCGGCCGGGUUUCUGAGGUUGUUAUACCGAGCUUCAAUCACACCAGGGAGUUCCUCACCUGCUGUGUCCGGACCUCUACUUAUCAAGUACUAGAAGGAGUGGAGAUCAGAGCUGGAUAUCCACCAGAAGCACCACAGAACCUCAGCUGUCAGACAAACCUCACCACCCCGAACACCCUGACCUGCAGCUGGGACCCUGGGCAGCAGGAAACCCUCCUGGACACAGAGUACACCCUCCACACCGAGAUACGGGAUUCAAACGAGAACCACACUUAUGAGCUGCUCCCAGGAGUCCACCGUUACACCAUCCCUCGCUAUGGCUUUGUCCUCUUCUCAGAUGUGAAGAUAUAUGUGAAGGCAGUGAAUGAACUUGGAGAAGCAACAUCAGCACCGAUCAUUUUGGAACCUGUCAGUUCAGCUAAGUUUGACCCACCAACGAUUCUGAAGAUUCAAGCUGUGCCGAAACGGUAUGGCUGCCUCAAGCUGAGCUGGAGCUUAUCUCAGCAGCAGGUCUGGAUGCGUAACCUUCAGCUAAACCUAGAAGUCCGACUUACGACUGCUGACAGCAGCCAACGGAGGGAACAACCAAUCCUGGUGAACCGGGUUAGACCAACCAGAUCCGUGGACCGGUGUCGUCUCCUCCAUGGGACUCAGUAUCUCGCCCAGAUUAGAGUCAGAUACCAGCAGAGCCCCUGGAGUGAAUGGAGCAGCAGCCAGUCUGGAGUCACCUUGGAGAGUGCUCCCACUGGACGCCUAGACUCUUGGAUGAGGGUAUCAGGGGAUCACAUGAACAAACAACACAACAUACUCUUAUUUUGGAAGCCAUCAAAACAAUUCCGCGCCAACGGCCAGAAUGUGUCAUACAUUGUCUCUGUGAAAAAGCAGCCAGGUGAAGAUGGAAAGGUGUGCUCUACAAUGGGGAAUUACUGUACUUUCCAGCUUCCCGGAGGAGCAAAGAAGGUGUACCUGAGUGCUGUCAAUGCAGCAGGGAAAUCCUCCCCCACUGAAGUGCGGAUUUACCUACCUAAAGCUCGUGCAGUGAUAUCAGACGUCACAGUCAUUCCUCAGGAUGACAGAUCCCUGCUGGUCCAGUGGAGAAGCCUUCUGUCUUCCAGUCUCACUGGUUUUGUGGUGGAAUGGAGUCCUUUGUUACAAACGGACCUCUUUUUCACCCAGUUUGAAUUAACUGCCAGGAACCAGACACUCCUUGUUAUAACAGACAGCUUUGAGCCCUACAAGCCCUAUGGGAUCUCUGUGUAUCCAAGGUUUAAGGAUGGGAUAGGUCUUCCUCAGACUGUUAAUGCCUACUCGAGACAAAAGGCUCCAUCCAUGGUUCCAAAAAUACAAAUUAAAAAGAUCGGGAAGUCACAUGUUGAGUUUACCUGGGAUGAAAUACCCUUAAACCAAAGGAACGGAAUCAUCCAGAACUACAAAGUCUUCUACUGUGAUACAAAGGGACCCAUCAGCGUUGUGAAUGCUGACCUGGAAAAGAGGAGAGUGGUCCUGAGAGACCUCAACACUGUGUCUCUGUAUGAAGCUUUCAUGAUGGUCAGCACGUUUGGUGGGAGCCUGAACGGGUCAACAAUUCAUUUCGAAAUUGAUUCCUUCGAUACAGUUGCUGUUGUUGCAAUUGUACCUGUGUCUGUCAUUGGACUGUUUUUUAUGGUUAUCUUCAUAGCCAUGACUUCGUUCUCCAACAACAAAAGACUGAAGGGGCAUUUUUGGCCAGCUGUUCCAGAUCCGGCUAAUAGCAGCAUCAAGAGAUGGACAUCAGAAUCAACCCAGGGUUCCCAUCUUUCCUUGGACAAUGAGGAGCCCAAUCCAAUGUACCUAUCCCACCUGAGCUUCCUGGACGACCCUGUGAAACUAAGUAAAGAGGACGAUGACCCGUGGUUAAGUGCAGAGGACACCAGUGACCUGGGAGAGUCCAUUUGUGGUUCACCAUUCAUCCCUGGCUACUCUGGUUCCAACAGUGACUCUGUUCCUUACGUUACUGUGACCUUCUCUGGUCCAUGCAGCAGCCCUACACCUAAAGACCCGCAUGUCUACCUGCGGUCUGAGUCCACACAGCCCCUCUUGGAGACUGAAGAGUCCUUCAGUCCAAAGUGCUACCAUAAUAUUGCAAGUGUUGGGAUGCAGAGUGAGCAACGUUUUUUUGGGCCUUCCCAUGAUUCUGUACCUGAAAGAGUGGCGGAUCCAGGCAUUCUGUGCGAUGACUUUCCUUUUCUUCGAGCAUUAUCCUUGAGGCAUACUGAAAUUGACUAGAAGUACUUUGCUGAUUAUAAGAGUAGCUGCUUUACAAGAUGAUCAUGUAGUUCUGAGUUUGUAAUGAGCCAAUUGUGAUACGUUGAUUCAGCACAUAGCUGUAAAUGCAUAGAAGAUUUAAUGCUAAAAUCACUUUGCUGUAUAAUGAUUAAGAUGUCCAUACUUUGUUCGUACCACACUUUGUAGAUAUGUCACUUCUUAAACAGAUACACGUUUUUUAUCGUAGAAACAUUUGAUGUUGUUGGGAUGAUUUUGUUGUGGGGGUUUUAUAUCAUCAAAAUUAAUUUUUUAGGCUUAGUGUGCAGUUAAAAUAAUUUCUUUGAAUAAAAUAAUGUAACUGUAUGAAGACAAAAAA